CUUGAUUUGGAGGACGUAGAUGAUGUGAUCCUCUUAACAAAAACAUGGAAUAAAGGACAUGACAAGACUAGGGAAAUAUGGGAUCCGGGUAUAGUCAAUACGAAGGAGGUUAUAAACAAGGUGGGUGAUCCGGUCUAUAUGCUGGAUAUUUCACACUAGAAGGCGAAAUAAUACAAACUAUCCAUGGUUAAUCCGGUCAAUAUGCUGGAUACUUCACACUAGAAAACGAAAUAAUACAAACUGUCCAUGGGUGAUCCGGUCAAUAUGCUGGAUAAUUCACACUAGAAAGCGAAAUAAUACCAACUAUCCAUGGGUGAUCCGGUCAAUAUGCUGGAUAUCGCACACUAGAAAGUGAAAUAAUACAAACUAUUGGUUAAAUAGAACGGACCGGGGAUGGUGACACGGCUAAUAAUUAUCUUCUUAUCUAUAUAUGCAUACUUACAGAAUUCACACUUUAGCCGUCUUUCACGCUCUGCAUUGUUAAAUGAUCGCAAUCAGUCAACAAUGUGACGGAUAUCAAAAACAUUAAAUACAUGUCACUUAAAUGUCACACACAUAGAACAAGAAACGGAAAAUAAACUGUGUUGUAUCUUAAUAUUAUUUUAUUUAGUUAUUUUCUUGCAUAAGAAUGUGGUCAAAACAAGGAAGCGUGAUCGUUUGAAAAUCUGUCAGGUAACUUAUCUCCCAAGUCAGGAAAUUGACCGACCGACUGGACACUUAGCUGUUGACAGUGAUGUAACCUAUUGUGUGUGUAGACAGCCAGAUGACGGUUUUAUGAUCGAGUGAUGUUGGUGUGAUGAGUGGUUUCACGGGAGAUGUGUGAAUGUGAGUGAGGAAGAAGGUGUGAGAAUAAAGAAGUAUAAGUGUCCGAAUUGUUGUAAGACGUAAUUCGCUCGUGUGCUUGAAAAUUUAGUUUUAUAGUGGUUAUAGGUUUUAGCAUGUCUGAAUCCGGCUCUGUUGCUGGAGAAUAUAAAAAGUGUGUCAAUUAGCUAGUAGAUAAUUCUGUUAGACAGUACAUUUAAGUUUAUGAUAUGCACUUGUAAAAUAACAUGUUUUAAAAUACCAUGUAUUCUUCCUUUAGUUGAUUUGUGUGAAGUAUUGUCUUAACUAUGACUACUGUAUCAAAAUCAUAAUGUUUAAUCUGUUGAUAAAAGGAAUAUUUGGAGUAAAUGCUUUUAUACUAUUUCGAAAUAUCUUGUUAAUAUUAAAUGUGAUUAGGAGAACUCUUAAGAAUUAUUAUAAGUUACAGAAAUUAUGAUUGGCUUUAUACAACAAAUUGUUUAUUAUUAAUCUUCAUUAUACUUUGUACAACUUUGGCACAUGCUGAAUUAUAUAGCAAUUGUUCAUACUUUGUGUACACCUUUUAACCAUUUCAGUAAUAAUGGAUUUCUUAUAGAUUACUCAGUCUUGAAAUUAUUUCACAUAUUUUCAAGGAAGUACUGGUACCAUUUGACUUGAUAAUAUAUUAAUGUUGAUGUUUAGUGGAUUAUAUAUGCUCUCCAUUAUUGCACAAUGUAACACGAAAAGUGGUUUUAAUUAUAAUAUACAUGUAAUGUAAAAUCUGUAGUUGAAGAAGUAUGUUAAGAAUUCAGAGUUUUAUAGCCUUUAAUGCUCCUUGAUCUUUUAUGGAAUAUUAUAACAAAGCCAUUGUUACAUUAGAAACUGAUCUGACUACUGAAUAUGCACUAAUUAAUGUCAGUUAAAACAUGCUUUCUUCAUUGCUUGAUUGAUUUCUAAUAAGCCACAUGCAAGUUAUAUGCACAUGUGUUUUAAUUGCUGAUGUUUGCUAAGAUAUUCUGAUUAGUUUCUUAUUAUGCUGUGGUGUGUUUUCUCAUUUUAAUGGGUACUGGGUACUCCAGAAAUUCAUCUUGGGCAAUACAAUUAGGAUGCAAAUUUUCCCAAUUCAAGAAUAAAAAUGUCCAACUCGACACAAUAAAAUAGUUGGAUGUAUUGACUUUUACAGUUUUGAUCAUGUUUCAGAGCAAUUUUGUAAAACAUACUUCAAAACCACAUAUGGUUCUUAAGGCACUUUGGUUCCGUGUUUAACUAGUACCAGUACUAUUCUGAAAGGCUGAGAAAAGACACUAAUUCUUUUGGAAAUGUACACAGAUACAUGUCUGUCUGUAAAUUGUAUAAACACGAGAUUAUUGAUGUACAACUUCAUUCGGCAAACGGGCUGAGUGUUGUUUAAAUAUUAUUUGAUUAAAAACAAUAUGAAUCUGGCAAUAAGAUCUUAAAUAAGCAUUAUCACAGAAAAGACACUAGUGAUGUUCGUACGUUUAGCACUCCGGAUUUAUCUGGAGGCUACAUAAUUUUUAUAUAACGACUUAACGUACAUUUAUAUAUGUUCAGGAUAGUUACUCCGGUGAAAGGCUGGAGGUAUCAAUCCCACCAUUUGUCUGUUUAAGCAUGCAUUUGUCUUGCUUCAGGUGUUAGAAAUCAAGAUUCUUAAAACUACCCUGUGUGGCUGCUGAGAAUGUCAUCUUCCUCCAAGCUUGAGGUUUAAUGCAAGCUGAAAGUGACCGGAGACCGCUGGUUACGACAUGACUUUUCAACAGGGUUUAUCAGACAUAAUUGUGUUCAUGUUCUCCAGUUACAUCCGAAGCAAUUGGAGGACAAAAAUUCCUUCAUACGUUGUUAUCCCUAUUUGUACUCACAAUAUGGGUUCAAAACCAAAAAUGAAGGGAAGAGGAGGAGAAAUAGCAUGGGGUCAUUAGGAAGAAUGGCGUCCGGCGAAAGCUGGAAGUUGAGAAGCCUCCUAUAGGUAGUCAUGUACCAUGGCCAGCUGGACGACUGAGUACUUUCUCGGGUCUACUGUUCGGCUUGGUACCCUGCUGGACUUUGCCCAUAAGCAUGACUUAGGAAUCAACGCGGAGGUGUCUCUAUCUGAAGUAGAUAGACAGUGGUUGUCCGAGUUCGCCCGUCAAUCAGGAUGGCCGGAAGUGGACUUCGACAUUCAACGUCUGAACUCGCAGGCUCUUCUUGCCCAUUGGCGUGUCCUUGUCGGUCUACUGAAACACAUUCCAAGGGAUCGACAAGUUUACUUCUUCAACCUGGACAAUCAGCGUACCUCUAGUACCGUCCCGGCUGUGGCUGGGUUACAUGUUCAAAGCCCUGACGUGGAGCAUCCAAGUACCCCGACACCCCCGGUUGUGGCAGUGACGGAACCUGCAGGAAGUGGAACGGUUCAUGCUGUUUCUAAUGUACGGAACAUGUCUGUUAGGGAGUAUCUGGCAGUAUCCGGACAGGCAAACCUUUCGUUGGCUUGGGGGAACACAUCCCAGGCGUCAGGGCGACCAGUAACGACCAGGAUUUCGGCCUUCGAUUCUCAUUUUCACCUGGACCGGUCUCUAGUGAAAUUGGUUAUGCCGUAUUACUCAGAUAUCCGGACCAUUCUGGAUGCAGAUGUAGGGAUCAGACCCCAAGUUGAAGUGGAUGUGGUAGGAGGUGUCCUGAUCUAUUGUGACCCCGAACCGAACCAGCAGAUACUUGGGGGCUACAGGAGGAAGUUCUGACAAGGAUACUAGAGUUGUCAUCCCCUUGUCAACCAAUCAUCCUUCAUAUCCGGGAUGGGAGGAUCGGCAGUCCGGAGUGCUCUAUGUCUUGAAUUAUUAAAGCCCAAUGUUGCUCGGACGCAGAAAGUGGUGCUGCAUUGUUUCACCAGCGCGCAAGAGGUAGUGGUCAGCUGGUGUAAGGCAUUCCCUAAUUGUUUCUUCAGUACUCAGGACAAGCCCGGCUUUUCACGGAGGCGCAGAAACAGGCAAUCCUGAGGGUCCCGGCGAACAGGCUGUUGAUCGAAACUGACUCGCCAUACUUUCGACCAGCUGGGGCUCAGAUGUGCACUCCAUCCUUUUUAGGGGACGUGGCCAACGUUAUUGCGUCAUAUCGGGAUAGCGAGGUCAGGGUAGUGUGCCAGCUGACCUUGAGGAAUUCCACUCAACUGUUUGGGCUAUAAAUAGCAUAAUGUAAUAUGACAUUCGUGUGGCCAAUUAUUGAAUUUUGAAUAUGGAGUUUUAAUGUUUAGGACACUAAUUUUAACAGAAAGGAUCGCAACUGAAGUGUAUAGACAAUGAAUGGAAGUGAAAGUUUGGAAAAACUCCGUUGUUAAUUAUAAGUUUAAAGAAAAACUAUAUACUGGGCACAAUUUACUCCUCUAGUCUGUGUUAGUGGACAAUUAAUGGAGCAUUGCAGAAUUGAAUACAAAAUAAAGUAUCACCAGGGCCCGGAACUUUAGUGUAGGCCAAAUUUUUGAUGCAGUAACAAGUUACCAAGACUGAAAAAGGACUCUAUGGCUCUUUCCCGUUGGAUAAAAUGGGGAGGAGUGUGGUAAAUUUACUGGUGUGUAACCGGAACGGUACGACAGAGACUAAUCGAUUGACCGGAAACGAAUGCAGAUAAUCGGCAGUCAUACUGUAGCUUUACAUCUGGACGGACGUCUACUUUUGUAUCGGUGUUCAUCCUAUGUGUUUUGUGUCUACGUUCCUGGCCUGAGGGAUCCGGGAACAGAUACAGCUUUAUUUCAGGGUUUGAUGAACCCACAUUAGAUUGCACGCAUGCGAGAAUGCCUUUAGCGGGAGACUGCCUACACCUGCGGGAGACUGCCUACACCUGCGGGAGACUGCCUACACCUGCGGGAGACUGCCUACACAUGCGGGAGACUGCCUACACCUGCGGGAGACUGCCUACACCUGCGGGAGACUUCCUACACCUGCAUCAAACUCGCAUGUACAUGAGCCGCGCUCUGUGAAAACCGGGCUUAAUGCAUUGGCGUAACGUGUCGACCCAGGUUAGUCCGUGCUGUCCGCGCAGGCUAAUCUGGGGCGACACAUUGAGCCUAGACUGGAUUUCGGUUUCAAAGAGACUUCCAUUUAAGGAAAAAUUCCAUAAAAGCAGAAAGUUAAGUCUCUGAUAAGCCUGUGCAUACGUCACAGGUUAGUCUUAGACAACACCCAAUCCACAUGAAUUGAUCCCCGUUUUCCAGCGCGCGGCCUAAACAUUUUACCAGCACUCUGUGAGACGCUCCUAGUGUAUGCCCACAUUUGCACGUAAAACUGACAAUUUUCACCAACUUCUUACUUACCUGUAAAUAUAAAAACACUAACUAUAUAGUAAAGUAAUGAAAUCCAUAUUCGCAUUUUGUAUGCUCGUGUGAUUAACUUUUUUUUACCCUCUCAAAUGUUUACUGAACAAGAUCAUCAAACGUGCUAGUUGUCUAAAAGCAGUAAUGAAUUAUUUUCAUCUCAGCUCGCUCAGACAUAUUAAUCAUGAUUUGAGUUGUUAAGCAUUUUGCAAUACAGUUCAUAAAUAGUUGUGUUAUAAACCUGCUUACAGUGGUUGUAAACUAACGCUCAUUGGGUCAUUGUCGACCUGAAAUGGCCCACAAGUCAACCAGGGGUGACAAGAAGCCGAUUCAUGUCACCCUGGGGUGACUUCAAGCCGACGCUAGUCAUCCCCGGGUGACUAGAAUCGACUUCAUGUCACCCCAGUGUGACAUGAAUCGGCUUGAAGUCGUCUCAGGAUGACAUGAAUCGGCUUCUAGUCACCCUGGGUUACUUCAAGCCGAUUCAUGUCACCCUGUGGUGACUUCAAGCCGACGCUAGUCACACCCGGGUGAUUAGAAUCGGCUUUAUGUCACCCUAUGAUGAAAUGAAUCGGCCUCUAGUCACCCCCGGGUGACAAAAAUCGGUUUGAAUCACCCCAGGGUGACAUGAAUCGGUUUCUCGUCACCCUGGGGUGACUUCAAGCCGAUUCAGGUCGACAAUGACCCAUUGAGCUAAACUUACCCAGGUCAAAGCUGGCGUUCUAAUAUAAACUUAUUUAAGAAGACCUUUGAUGCAACUUUUUUUAAUAAGAUUGAAUUUUGCUUAAAAUGUCGCAACGCUGCAUUUCUUGCAAAUUUUACAAAAGAUAAAUAAACUUCGAUUGCUGUAUCAUGGUGUAUAUGCCUGGGUCGAUUAUCUAGAUCCAUUCAUUGUUUAGUUACACAUAGAAGAUGAGAUUUCAGUUUUCGCUCCACUGAGUAGUGAGAAUGUACGUCAGCUAUCGAGCAAUUUCAAAUCUCAGCUUUAGAAUGACUCAAACUCAGGGUUAAGUGAAACUCAAAACUUAAAUAAAGACAUCUGUAAACACAAAGUAGAUACUCUACCCCAAAAUUGAGGGGAAAAAACUCAGAACAAGAAUACUGACAUCAGCGUGUUCGUGAUGCCCGGCCCAGGUAUUCCCUAGCGUUAGCAAUAAUUGAUCCAAGGGGGAUAAAUCUUCUUCCGAACAUUUGCCGUUUACAUAUUUAAUUCCUUCCCUUGCAUGUCUCUGCAACGUUAUGUAUUCUCUGUGUAGAAAUGCAAAUAAACCGCUGAUAAUCAAGAGAUAUCGCAUAAUUAUUCGCGUUACAGAAAUACCAGUUUGUCUGUUGUUGUUGUUGUAAUGAUUUUAAAAAAUUUCAAAAUAAAAAUUCGUAUUUAAAAUAUGAAUUGGAAGAUUUAUCUCACCAUUGGGCGAUGGGACUCAAUUUUAAAUAUCAACUUCCUCUGUUAAAUUGCAAUUGUUAUUGUUAUUGCUUUGCGAAAUACGUGUCUAAAUUGCAAAAAAAGUUCUGUAUUUCAGAGAAGAGGAUAUUUAAUUUGUUGACGUUAUAAGAGAGUAACGAGCAUAAUUGAUUUGUUUGUACUGAAGCAUUUCAACAUGGUAUAUCCAAUAUUUCUCAUAUAAUUUUCGUCAUACCGUCUUCUCUCCGGCGCAUAUUUUACUGGUGCGUAGCAGUUACUAGCAGAAUGAGUACACAUCAUCUGAAUUGUGUUAUUAUUGUUUUUUUUUAUUUUUUAUAAUGUAAAUAAAGUUUCGACAUCAGA